AAUAAUGCUACUGAAAGAGACGCAGCUUCUCAAACCGGGAAGUCCCGGUUCCUGAUUUGGCUAAUCUUCACAUUCGCUUACAUUCACUUCUCCGAUUCAUCUACCGAACGAGAGAUUCUGCUUCAGUUCAAAGGCAAAAUCAUCGAAGAUCCGUACAACAGCUUAGCUUCUUGGGUCUCAAGUGGUGACAACGACGACGAUCUCUGUAAUAGCUUCAAUGGCGUAUCUUGUAACCCAGAAGGAUUCGUCGACAAGAUCGUUCUUUGGAACACAAGUCUCGCCGGGACACUAACUCCGGCAUUGUCCGGUUUAACUUCUUUAAGGGUUUUGACUCUGUUUGGCAACAGGUUUACAGGUAACUUACCUUUGGAUUACUCAAAGUUACAGACUUUAUGGAAGAUCAAUGUCAGUUCCAACGCAUUGUCUGGUUCGAUCCCGGAGUUUAUCGGCGGCUUGCCUAAUUUACGGUUAUUAGAUUUGUCCAAAAAUGGUUUCGUCGGAGAGAUUCCGGAUUCUCUGUUCAGAUUCUGCUACAAGACCAAGUUCGUUUCUCUGUCUCACAACAAUCUCUCUGGAUCAAUCCCGGAAUCAAUCGUCAACUGUAACAGUCUCAUCGGUUUCGAUUUCUCUUACAAUGGCAUUACCGGUUCGUUGCCUAGGAUCUGCGAUAUCCCGGUUCUCGAGUUUGUGUCUGUGAGAAGAAACUUGUUGUCUGGUGAUGUAUUUGAGGAGAUAUCGAAAUGCGAGAGACUGAGCCAUGUCGACAUAGGAAGCAAUUCUUUCGACGGUUUAGCUUCUUUCGAGGCUCUUGGAUUCAAGAACAUGACUUACUUCAAUGUCUCUGGAAACCGGUUUAGAGGUGAGAUCGGUGACAUCGUUGGCUGCAGCGAAAGUUUGGAGUUUUUGGAUGCUUCUUCGAAUGAGUUAACCGGGAAUGUGCCUAACGGUGUAACCGGAUGCAAAAGUCUCAAGCUUUUGGACUUGGAAUCGAAUAGGCUCAACGGGAGUGUACCUGAAGGUAUCGGGAAGAUGGAGAAGCUCUCUGUGAUCAGACUAGGCGAUAACUCCAUAGACGGGAAGCUUCCUCGAGAGCUAGGGAAUCUGGAGUAUCUACAGGUUUUGAAUUUGCGUAAUCUCAAUCUCGUUGGUGAAAUUCCAGAGGAUAUAUCCAAUUGCAGACUACUUCUUGAACUAGAUGUUUCAGGGAAUGCUUUGGAAGGAGAGAUCCCUAAGAACCUAUUCAACUUAACAAACUUAGAGAUUCUUGAUCUGCAUCGGAAUAGAAUCAACGGAAGCAUUCCGUCUGAUCUCGGGAACCUCACGAGAAUCCAGUUCCUCGAUCUAUCGGAGAACUUGCUCUCAGGUCCUCUUUCGUCUUCCCUCGAGAAUUUGAAUAGACUGACACAUUUCAACGUUUCUUACAACAAUCUCUCCGGACCUAUCCCAAAGAUCCAAGCUUCUGUAGCUUCUUCGUUCUCCAACAACCCUUUCCUUUGCGGUGAACCUCUCGAAACACCGUGCAGUUCUCUCAGAGCCGGACCAAGAUCAAGAAAGACCAAAGCUCUAAGCACAUCUGUUAUCAUUGUUAUCAUCGCUGCUGUUAUGAUCUUGGUCGGUAUCUGCCUAGUCCUUCUCUUGAACCUUAGAGCUCGCAAGAGACGGAACAAGCACCAAGAAGAAGAGAUAGUCGCUGUCGAUACUGCAACAACCACCGUAGCUUCAACUGAAUCUGGUAGUAUUGGCGGUGUGACAUUCGGGAAACUUGUUCUGUUCAGCAAGAGUUUGCCUUCAAAGUAUGAAGAUUGGGAGGCCGGCACGAAAGCUUUGCUCGACAAGGAUAAUAUCAUCGGGAUAGGAUCUGUAGGAACGGUUUAUCGAGCUUCUUUCGAAGGCGGUGUUUCCAUUGCGGUGAAGAAGCUCGAGACUUUGGGAAGAAUCGAGAGCCAAGAAGAGUUCGAGCAAGAAAUAGGAAGGCUUGGAGGUUUGAGUCACCCGAAUCUUGCUUCUUUUCAAGGUUACUACUUCUCCUCGACGAUGCAGUUGAUUCUCUCUGAGUUUGUUCCUAACGGGAGCCUCUACGAUAAUCUACACCCGAGAAUCUACCACAGAAUCAGCAGUAGCAGCAGCAGCAGCCAUGGAAACACCGAGUUGAAUUGGCAAAGAAGAUUCGAGAUUGCGUUAGGAACUGCAAAGGCUCUUUCUUUCCUUCACAAUGAUUGUAAACCUGCGAUUCUUCAUCUCAAUGUGAAGUCUACCAACAUACUUCUUGAUGAAAGAUACGAGGCAAAGCUAUCGGAUUACGGUUUGGAGAAGUUUCUUCCGGUUUUGAACAGCUUCGGUUUGACCAAGCUCCACAAUGCUGUUGGGUACAUAGCUCCGGAGCUAGCUCAGAGCUUGAGAGUGAGUGACAAAUGCGAUGUUUAUAGCUACGGUGUGGUUCUUCUUGAGCUUGUCACAGGUAGAAAACCGGUGGAGUCUCCAUCGGAGAAGGAGGUUUUGAUCUUGAGGGAUCAUGUGAGGGAUUUGUUGGAAACUGGUUCGGCUUCUUGCUGCUUUGACAGUAGAUUGAGAGGAUUUGAAGAGAAUGAGCUGAUUCAAGUGAUGAAGUUAGGUUUGAUUUGUACGACUGAGAAUCCAUUGAAGAGACCGAGCAUGGCAGAGGUUGUGCAGGUUCUUGAAUUGAUCAGAAAUGGAAUGGGAUCAUGA